GGCAGAGAGCAGCGGCGUCUGGUCCAGUUCCCGGUGAGCUUCGGUUACGGUGGCAGCUGUUGGUGUGUCAGCCUGGUGUCGGCGUGAGGAGCUGGGCCGGCGGGAGGGAGCCCUGUAGGACUGGAAGGCCGGUAUUUCUCUACCUGGAUCGCGCGCUCCUCUCGCUGGGAGGGCAGAGCUCUAGUGUAAAAAAUAUGCAACCAAGAACAGGCCUUUCCUUUCCCCUAUGAAUUAAGAAAAAACAUCUUUUCAUAAAUAUUUGCUUUGAGGUGACAUUGAUAUGAAAUACGGAGUCACCUUUGAUAACUUCACCUGGGAAAGACAGAGUCUGCUUUCUUAUUAAAAAACCAUAAGGAAAACAAAUGACCAAAGGAAUCAUACCAAACGCCAGCUCUACGUCUUUUUGUAGAUUCUGUUUUUUAAACCAUCAAGACAAAUGGCUUGUGAUUUAAUGACAAUGAUUUGUUCUUCGACAUUAUUUUUAGCAGUUUUUUAAAAAAUCUUUUUCAUCUUAAACUAUACAACUCUCCUAUAAAAUUUAACACAUUUAAAAAUCUUUAAGGCCUUGUUUAAAAAAGCUUUCAGAACCUUGAUGUUUAUGUAGCCUUUUUUCACUUGAUAAAGUCUUCAAAAAUUUACAGCAUCAGGAAAGAUAUGGACUUGGAAACUUAUAUUAUAAUAAUAGACUGCGGUGAAUUUAAGUGGACAGUUGAAGACAUCAUCCAUUUUAUCAUCAGAAAUAUCACCUAAGUGUGUAAUUCUUAGCUUUAAUGCAAACAAAGUUGCUUGACAAUGGCCUGGGUAAAAUUCUUACGGAAACCUGGUGGCAAUCUUGCAAAAGCUUAUCAACCUGGGAGUAUGCUAUCCCUAGCUCCUACCAAAGGCUUGUUGAAUGAACCGGGACAGAACAGCUGCUUUCUUAAUAGUGCUGUACAGGUUUUAUGGCAAUUGGAUAUAUUCCGACGAAGCUUGCGAGUUCUGACUGGACAUGUUUGUCAAGGAGAUGCCUGCAUAUUUUGUGCGUUGAAGACAACAUUUGCACAGUUUCAGCACAGUCGAGAAAAAGCACUCCCCUCAGAUAACAUAAGGCACGCUCUUGCAGAAAGCUUCAAAGAUGAGCAGCGAUUUCAGCUUGGCCUUAUGGAUGAUGCUGCAGAGUGCUUUGAAAAUAUAUUGGAGAGGAUUCAUUUUCACAUAGUGCCAAGCAGAGACGCAGACAUGUGUACCUCCAAGUCCUGUGUCACUCACCAGAAGUUUGCUAUGACUCUGUAUGAACAGUGUGUGUGUCGUAGCUGUGGAGCAUCAUCAGAUCCUCUCCCUUUUACAGAAUUUGUGCGGUACAUUUCUACAACAGCCCUAUGCAAUGAAGUUGAAAGAAUGAUGGAAAGGCAUGAACGCUUUAAGCCUGAAAUGUUUGCAGAAUUGCUACAAGCAGCAAAUACAACUGAUGACUAUCGGAAAUGUCCUAGUAACUGUGGCCAAAAAAUAAAAAUUCGCCGUGUUUUAAUGAAUUGCCCAGAGAUUGUUACAAUUGGUUUAGUCUGGGAUUCUGAGCAUUCUGACUUGACCGAAGAUGUUGUUCGGAAUCUGGCAACACAUCUUUAUCUUCCUGGGCUUUUUUAUAGGGUUACUGAUGAAAAUGCCAAAAAUAGUGAACUUCACCUUGUUGGUAUAAUCUGCUACACUAGCCGACAUUAUUGUGCCUUUGCUUUUCAUACCAAGAGUUCAAAAUGGGUGUUUUUUGAUGAUGCAAAUGUGAAGGAGGUUGGAACUCGAUGGAAAGACGUGGUCUCCAAGUGCAUCCGGUGCCACUUCCAGCCACUGCUUUUGUUUUAUGCAAACCCAGAGGGCACAGCAGUGUCUACUGAAGAUGCGCUCAGGCAGGUCGUCAACUGGUCACAGUAUAAAUCCGCUGCAGAAAAUAUGGGAUUUGAGAAGCCCUCAAUUUAUAAGCCAGAUAAUUUAAAAGAAAAUGGAUUUGGUGAUCAAGCAAAACAGAGAGAAAAUCAGAAAGUUCACGCAGAUAAUAUUUCACCGUUUAAUCGGAGCCACAUUCAAACAAGUGGUGGUAGAGGACCAGUUAAGUUAAGUCACAAUGAUCAAAGGGAAAAAAUAAAAGACAUUUCCAGAGAAUGUGCUCUAAAAGCCAUUGAACAGAAAAACUUACUUUCCUUACAAAGGAAAGAUUUGGAGAGGGGGCAAAAAAAAGAUUUGGGCCGACAAAGAGAUUUGGUUGAUGAAGACCUUCCACAUUUCAAGCCUGGAUCACCUCCUGCCCCAAAUGACAUUAGACAAUAUGGCAAUCCACAUCUACAUCACAGUCAAGGAAAAGGACCAUUUAAACAUGACCGAGUUGCCCAUCAGAGUCGAGCUUCUGCACAAGUGUUAAGUUCAAGUAAAUCCCAGAGUUUUGCUCCAGGAGAGAAAAUCACUGGUAAAGUGAAGAGCGACAGUGGCACUGGAUAUGAUACUGACAGCAGCCAAGAUUCUAGGGAUAAAGGAAGCAGCUGUAAUGGCAGUGGUAAAAGCCGGAACCGAGGGUGGAAACCUAUGAGAGAAACGUUGAAUGUUGAUAGUAUUUUUAAUGAAAAUGAAAAAAGGCAGCAUAGUCCAAGACAUAAAUCAAAUAUAAGUAACAAACCUAAAUGUAGCAAAGAUCAGAGUUUUAACUAUUGGCCAAAAGAGAAUCCAAAGCAAAAAAGUUUAAUGACCAUAUAUGAAGAUGAAAUAAAGCAGGAAAUAGGAAGCAAAAGUUCCCUGGAAUCUAAUGGAAAAGGAACAGAGAAAAAUAAAGGCUUCAAAGAGACUAAAGUUCCUGGUGACAAUUGGCAGAUGCAAAGGACUGAGUCUGGAUAUGAAAGCAGUGAUCAUAUCAGUAAUGGAUCUGCUAAUUUGGACUCACCUGUUAUCGAUGGAAAUGGUACAAUAAUGGAUGUCAGUGGUGUUAAAGAACUGGUAUUCUUCAGUGACCAGAUUAAGACAAGCAACCUAAAUAUAGAACGUGUGAACUGUACUUCCCAACAGAGCAAAAACCACUUGGAAGGCUUUAGAAAAGAACUCAAAAACUUGGAAGUUGGCUGUAAAUCUCAUGAGUUCCACCCAGAAUCACAUCUACAAGUAAAAAAUCCUUUGAUAAAAAGGUCACAUAUAUGUGAAUCCAAUGGAAAGUUAUUCCCUUCGUCCAGUCCACAAAUACUCAAGGACCAUACAGCAAGAGAACAUAUCCACCAAUCAGAUGAACAGAAACUUGAAAAAUCAAGUGAAUACAAAUUUUCUGAGAGGCUUAAUAUAGAAAAUUCUGAGAGAACAGGUUUACUUUUUCACAUUGAUGAUAAUUCUGCUUCUGGAAAGAGAAUGAACAGUAGUGAAGUAGUCUCACCAUCUUCAUUGUGGUCCUCACACAAGAGAACUGUUGGGUUAAAGCCAGAAACUGCUCCCCUCAUCCAGCAGCAUGCUAUGAUGGAACAAUGUCGCUCUGAGAACUCUCUAUCCAAGGAACAUAUAAUUCAGUCAACCUGCAGAUCUGAUGGUUGUCAGAUGCCAAAACUUGUUUGCCAGGAUCUACCGCCCCCUUUGCCACCAAAGAAAUAUGCUAUAACUAGUGUGCCACAGUCAGAGAAAAAUGAUUCUACACCUGAUGUCAAACUUACAGAGAUGUUUAAAGCCAAUUCUUCUAGUCUUCCGAAGCACAGUUCAAGUACAGCUUCAGAACCAGGUUCAGAAGUUAGUACAUAUGUGAAUGAUGAAAGACUUACGGAAACAACACUUCAAGUAAGAGAGCAUGUUGGCAACACACCAAACCACCUGUCCAGCUCUUCAACUAAUGAUUUUCAAGCAGACUUGGGUACAGUUGUUGAUACAUUUUGCCAACCAGAAAUAGACUCUAGUUCUACCUGUCCAAAUGAGACAGUUUCAUUAACUACCUAUUUUUCAGUUGAUAGCUGCAUGACUGAUACAUAUAGAUUGAAAUACCAUCAGAGGCCCAAGCUCUGUUUUCCAGAGAGCAGUGGCUUUUGUAAUGAUAAUUCACCAUCUCAGAGUGAAAGAGGGCUAGCACCUGUAUUACAAAAUAGUCUUGGUUCAAACUACCCUUCUGAGCAAAGAUAUAAACCUAGUAUACAUUGUAAUAGAUAAAUGAUGAAACCAGCAACCUUAUACUUCUCAGAGGCCAUUAAAAUAUAAUAAGAAUCGAUUGACCAAACCUGGUGAUUAUGAAAUUAAAAUCAUGGCAUUUUUAAAGUCACUAAUCACUUUAACUUUCUAUCUGUAUUUUUUAUUUUAUGUUGAACAACUUUUGGAUAUUUUAGAAAUUCACUUUGCAUAGUUUUGGCAUGCCUUGAAAAAUAGAAACUCAGGGGGAUAGAAAAAGUCAUUGAUCGUAUGCUGCCACUGAAUAAAAAUGUCCUUUGUCCCUUUAUUUUGUGGCUAGUAGACCCAUAAGUAUUAAACUAACUAGUACUCAUGUAUGUGGAUUGGUAAACUAUGCUAGUUGAAAAGACCAGGUGAUGUAUAGCUUGUGUAGUGAAAGCAGUAUUUGCUUUGCGAGAAGCACUUUCCAGUGGGUAAGUAAGAGGGCUUCACCCAUGUGCUUUUGACUUCCGUGAUAGUCUAUUGCAUAUGAUCCCUUUAAGUGUCUUAAAAAAUAUUGACCCAUGAAAUUGAUAGCAUUUGGGGAAAAAAAGCCUUAAUGAUUAAAGCAGUUUUUAAAUUAAAUUCUCAAGGUCAGAACAGAAAAAACUUAAUUUUGCUCUUAGAACUUUUAUCUUCAGAAUGCCUCACUAACAUAAAUUAGGCCUUGGACUGUUGUAUGUAUUCAUAAACACUACUUCAGCCAUGUAAGCUAAAAAUAAUUAAAAUGCUUAACUUUAGUAUAUUUAUUUCUCUUGUUACAUUUUUUUCUAAUUUUAGAUGAAAUGGGAAAGGUUUUUAUUUUGGUUUGGUUUACUUUGGGCUAAUGACCAGUGUUAGAAAUUAACCUAGGGCCCUCUUAUUGGGAAUCUCACCGUGACUAUCUAAAUUUUCCCUGCUACACUGUUACCUGUUUAUAGGUUGUCAACUCAUUUUAGUGAUUUUCAGAUUCUUGAAUCUGAGAAUUUUUCUGGGUUUCCAGAUUAAAUUUCUGCCUCUCAUAUAAAGGGUUUAAUUUUAAUGAAAUGUCUUAAUUUGAGCUUCCCUCCCUUUUUUCUACUCUAAAAAAAUUGUAAUUUUAUCCCAACAACUUGCAUGGAGAGGCCUUUAUUUUAAAAAAUAAAGGAAUUUUCCAUUAUUAUGAUGACCUUACAAGUGAAAAUAAGUUACUUUAAUUGCCUUAUUGAACUGGUUGUCAUUUGAUUUUAUGCUAAGCUGGUAAACUAUGGUUUUGGAUAGUUUUAUAUUGUCCACUCCAAAGACUUGAGAAUUACAGAAUUAAAAUUUUCCUUAUAUUCACCAAUGGAUAAACUUUAUAGAUAUAACUUAAUAAUGCUAUAAAGUAAAUCAGUAAAUUUAAUAUUUUGACCAGUUCCAUAAAUUGUUAAAAUAUUCCAAAAUGUAAAUGAUGAAAAAUGAAUACUUCUAGAUAAAUAGAAAAUAAUUGUUUGUAAAAGUCUAACCUCACCCAGUUACCAAAUCUUGGUCAAAUGUUGUCUUACACCUAGAAAAGUUAAUAGCCUUUUCUAACUAUAAUUGUAGGUGAUUAUUACUUUAUAAUCUCUUAAUUUAGAAAUACUUGAAUAUCAACUAAAUAAAAUUUUAUCUUUUAAGAAAGCAUAUUUUUAACAUAACUUUUAGUAUGGUUUGUAAAUAUUGUAAAGUUUGUAAAAUUGUAUUUGAAAUGUCCAUGUAUUUAAUUAUUGCUUUUAUAACAUUGUAAAAUACUAGAAAAAUGGGCUUCAGGUAUUUUUUAAUAACUUCCAAAAACUUUGUAUAAGUUUUUUUAAUUUCUAUUUGGUCAAGAUAUUCAGUUAAAUGUAUUACUUUAAACAUUUGAACUAAUUUCUGAUAUUUAACAGCUGUCUCAUAGAAAUUUGCAUUUUCAACUCACAAUUGAGUUGCAAACAUCAAAUAGAAAUGUCCGAUUUUGGCUCUUCGUAUUUAAAGUACUGUCCAGUUGAAACCUCCUGAACCAUAUAAUAAGUACUAACAAACCAGAAACUGACCAUUUGUUUUUAUGUUGACUCAACACUCCAAAUAUAGAUUGAAUACAUAUUUACUAACUAAUCAUUCACAUGUAAAAUUUUUAUUUCUAGGGUGCCUAUUUAUUUUUAUAGAUGUUUUCUUCUGGUUAUAAGCUUAUGAUGAUAACAUUUAAAAUAAUGCAACCAGCAGUUGUCGUAAUGUUCAAAAUACUUAUCUUCAGAAUGUUAUAUUUUCAUGUGAAAUCAGUUUCUUCUGGUUCAAAUUUUUUUUUUAGGAUAAACUGAUUUUUAAAUUAAUAUGGCUGGACUUUUCUUUGCAUUCAUGAACUGUGGCUUCCUCACCCUCCCACCCCCAUGUGGAUUAUGUAUUUUAUGGAAAUGUAACUUAAUUUAUAGCACUUGGAAUAUCACUGAUCAUACAAUGUUAUCACAAGAGGCUCCUAAUAGUUAAACUCCAGCAAAGUCUAAAGCAGGGUUCCCGCAGGAGUUGGCAAACUUUCUGUGAAAAGCCAGACAGUAAACAAUUCAGGCUUUGAAGACCAUAGGGUCUCUGAAAUAACUAUACAACUCUGCCAUCAUAGGGUGAAAGCAGCCAUUAACAAUAUAUAAAUGAACGGGCAUGUCACGUUCCAGUAAAACUGUUAUCAGCACUGAAACUUGGAUUUCAUAUAAUUCUCCUGUCAUGAAUUAGCCUUUUGAUUUUUUUCAAUCAUUUUAAGAUGUAAAAAUCAUUCUUAGCUCACAGGCCUUAUAAAAAGAGGCAGCAGGCCAGAUAUGGCCCAUUGGCCAGUUUGAUGACCCUUGCCCUGGAGCAUAAUCUCGACAUUAAAUGCUCAUCCUGACCCUAAAUAUCCUGAACUCUUCUGAAUGUAUUCCCAUGCCAUUUAGGGACUAGGGAUAUGGAGCACUUUACUUCCUAAAGUUUUCAGGCUAACAGACCUCUAAAAAUUUCCUCACAAUUGCUAAUCAGCCAGUUCAUUUCAAAUGGUUAUGAAUACAACUAUUUCACUUAUAUGAAUUUGUGAAAUUUACAAAGGAAUUUAUCAGAUUAAAAUUAUA